GUCUCUUAGUGCAUCCGACUCCCCGCAAGGUUCCACAUCCACUCGCUAAGCUGAUCGCUGAAGAAACUGGGACUUGAAAGAGAUACAAAUGUCAUUACAAUACAGGAUCACGCACAUCUUUUGCCCUCUGAAGCUUCCUGACGGGGAUGAUCAUUCUCACUCAAAUGAUCUUGCUCUGUCUGAAGCAAUAUGCGAUUCGGCAUUCGACUACUCUGGACACCUUGAUAACCCUGCAAAAGCUCAUUGGGAAUAUGUGAAGAAGCUGUUGCACAAUCUUUACGAGGCAACGCGUCUUCACCAGCUAGAAGAAACCCCCGUCGCGUCCCAGCUCGCAUCUAUGACAACUGGAGAUGUUAAUGCAGCUGUUGUAUUCAGAAGAGAUGCAGAGGAAACCAUUGCAGAAUCUUUCGAAGUAUCCCCUACUGCCGCAGCGGUCAUGGGUUCCUGUGGCAAACUCAUAUGUUCGUACCCGGGGCCUGCGAUCGCCAUCUCAAACGCGGUUUUUGAUGACGCUGUAUUCCGCCUCGAGCUUGCUCAUUUCCUCUGCGAGAUGAACGACGACAGUCUUGACGCGGCUCCAACGACCCGCAAGGCGGGUUCGACAGUUUCCGAGGAGCGGGAUACUGUGCACCCUCGGUACAUAACAGAGCUGUUGACCGGCAUCCUGCGAGCUGUUGGCAGGCCUGCCGAAGUCCAGCGAAUCAGCAAACGUAUUGGUGAUGACGUCGUGUGGCGUGAUGCCCGUCUCCCUUGGCGUCGCUCUUCACUCUGGUUGAUGAUCAGAGUCGUUCUGCAGACUACGCUUGCACGAAAUGGUCUCGGGAUAGACGGCUACAAGGCGUUCAUAUUAUUCUUCAUGAAUGGACUCGCCCGAGAAGCCGCGGUCCAGGGAAUGCCUGACGACGUCCUGCACUGGAUAUCCGCCAAGAUCAGUCGUCGGCUGACAAAACUGGGAGGGUCAGCCCCUGACUGGUUGUCAGCUUCCGUGCUGCAGACGUGUACGGACAUCCGGAAUCUGUUGGAUAGAAGAUGGAAGCAGGUGCAGGACAGCGAUGCCUUCUUACCAAUGUGGAAUCCCCUUUCCCUCAAUAUCCUGGCUGAUACUCGACUCUCCUUACUCGACAGUCACAAGUAUAUCACCGACAUCAUGAAUCCAAGCUACUCCACCGUGCGGCCUGCCAGUUCUGUGACCAGCCGCCGCAUGCGUGGUGAUUUGGAUAAUUUUCUAUCGACCACUGGCAACUUCUUCCGGGAUGCCUACGAGGCAGACCCCCAUUUGGCGCUUUAUGAUGUGGAACGAGAGGUUAGCCACGGCAUCGAUGAUUGGGUUGCUGGUGUCUUGGAGGAUGAUGCUGAUGCAGCAUGCAAGAAACUGGAGCUCCUAGCCAGCAAGUAUUCAUUGGCAGCUAGGAACACGUACGAAGGCAAUCCAGAAGACUUCUCCCGAAUGCUUCUCACCGUAAUCGAAUUAUGGGUUGCAUUAGACAAGCUCGUCACCCGACAAAUUCCCAUGCUCCGUGAAUAUUCCCCUGAAAUACCUAUCUCUCUCCUGGAACGAUUACUUCUUCGGGAUGCACUUGACAUCCAGCGGCUUCGUCUCGCAUCAAAUUACAUCCACAUGCGUCGCUCUAAAGCAAUAAAUGGGUGGUCUGUAUUCUCGAACUCAGCGGGCUCGACCAACUUUGCAGUGCGCUACUUCAACGAAGAUUCUGGUUUGCUGUCCCUUAGGGACUCCAUUCGGGAAGAAAAACUUUUGGAGCUCAAGCGGUCGAAUGAACGCUACCACGACAUAACGGAGACCCGUGGUAAAAGGAAACACCCCAGACGGAAGUGCGCGAAGUGCAGGCUUGAGUCUGAGUCGAAAAUCGAGAUUACAGUACACGAAUGGCCGCUCCCGGAGGAUCCUUGUCGGGCCGCAAUAGUUGUAUUCGAGCUGAAUCGCCCACUCGCUUUCGACAUGUGGCGUUCUAUCGUUUUUCUCCUACUUGUCGAUAUCUGUUCCCCGCCACUGCAGCAGAGACAUCCUCAUACCUGUCUCGAAGAAUAUUCUGCGCUAUCUCGUAUCACGCUGGCAUCUGACCCGAAACCAUUCAUAAAGUCCCAUUACCGCUCAACCAGCAUACCGGCGGUGGAGAGCGAGGUCUGCGUCAAUAAUGGUCUCAGCUUUUACUGCUACGAUAAAAAUUCCUGUUUCUCCGCUGCUGACUGCUUCGGCUCCGUGCAUAUAUCUGGCUCAUGCUCCUAUCAGCUCCCGCCUGGCCCCUAUCGCAACUUGCAGCGCUAUCUUCAGCAUACUGCCCACACGUCAAACGAUGUGCUCUGCAGUCUGGCUGACUGUGACAAGGACCUCUCUUCCCACGAGUUCACAGCAUAUGGCCACCUACGCAGCGGACCUUCUUUGCAGUGGUUCAAUAUUUUGCGGGAGAUUCGUGCCAAUACAUUGACCUUCCGUCGUGAUGAGGUCCACAUGAUCUUCUCUCAAGCAGCUAGCGAAGUUGGUCCAGUAUCAGAUGACGGGAAGUUGGUGUGGCAUGUUGAGCUGGAACAGCCACAUUUUCGUCACUCACUCUUGGGCGAACUGGAGACUCUCGUGUUGAUUGUGUCGGGGAAUUGGCUGGAGGGUAUGACGAUGGACACAAUAUCAUUCGUGGUUGGUAGGAUGCUCUCUGCGACGUCCUCAGUCCAAGACGAUAGCCACCAUAGAGCCCUUGGACUACUACGCACUGUCCGGGAGAAGACGUUCAGUUGGGUGUUGGAACUCUUUCACAAACUGGAACAGGCGACGUGCGAGGUUGACAAGGAGCAGCUUCGAGGACGACUUCGUGACUUGGGCGCCAUCUGCCGCAGUACUUUUGACCUCCUCGACUCCCCCAGGGAUCUGGAGAUUCUAGUGUGCUGUGCGAUACUCAGUGCUCUCGCUGGGAUGCCAAAGCUUCUUUUGGAGGAGCAUGUGGGCAAUUUGAUCUUGGAAAGGAAUGCUGGCAUCGAUCUCGGAAUCAAACAUAUUUGGCCUGGGUACUGCAGAAGCACACGAUGGCAGAGGGCCGGCGCUGGUCAUCGUAGCUGUUUUGCCUCCCAGUGGUCACAAAAAGUGAGCUUCGACGUCCUUAACGGUACUUUAUUGGUGGAUGGACGCCCGAUGGGAAGACUGCCGGAUAAGAUCAUGACAGAUCCAAAUUUUGCCUUGCUUUUCGGUGCUCAGGCACCGGAUGUCAUUCCUGGUGAUAUGGCUGGAAUGGAAUAUGCUACUCGUGGUUUGAUUGACAAAUAUCGCGUUUACUUCCGAAUGGGAACGAACGGUUUGAUAAUUCGGGCCAAAACAGAAGCUGAGCCGGACGUUUUCGAAUUCAUUCCUUCUCAGAAGUUGGGGUCAGAUUUUCCGGCUGCACUGGUUGAGGAUCAUGUACACUGGUUCAACCUCACAUCCCGGACGAUGGAAGCUCGUCCUUUAGAGAAUUUGUGGAAGCCAUCCCCUGACAACUGGAAGCUUCAGUUUUCACCCAGACAUCACUCGAUGACUAGGGGGGAUGUCAGACUCUUCGAUGUCCGCAGUCAAACUUGGAAGAUGUUGUCUCAACGGCUUCAGCCUUUGGAGAAUCCGCAGAACCUCACCAUCACGCUGGAGAAUCCGAAUAUGGUGUCUGUCGAUUUACCACGCUAUGGUCUUUCUUUCUUCGUCAAUGAUAACCAGGAGUUGGAGUGUCGUCAUCCUCGUGGUAUGGUAUAUGACGAAACCCAAUCUGCAGGAACGUUGAUCGGGCUAGCAAACAAACUUGUCUUGCGACCCAAGGCCAAUUCGGCCGACGACGGUGCCCAAAGACUCGUUCUUGUGCCGGAAGGAGAUGUGUCAUUCGCGAGGCAAGGUGAUCAUGUGCGGGUCGCGAUCGAUAUAUCUGGUCCAGCGCACAAGCGCUUUCGAUACCAAAUAUUCCGAAUUGAUACCGACUUGGGAUGUUUGGUUGGCAAUGCUAGCCUGGCUAGCAAUCUUUAUCGAGCCUACCUGCAUGCACUAACCAGCAAACCGUCUUCGGUGGACCCUCUAACACAGAGGACUGGCACGGAAGAAGCACGAUCUAUUUUGCGCUCUGCUGCAUGUCAGUCCUUCAUGAAGGUUGAUGCCCGCUCCGCCAAGUUAUUGUGUUGCAUAGCAGGACUGACCACUCGCCGAACAUGGUACCCUAAACAUUUGAAGCGCAUGCAAACCGUGCACUGGUUGCAGGGUCUCCCGGUUGCGUCUCAGCACUCUGGCUUUUACUAUGCGUGCUCGUCUAUCAAGGAGAUACAAGAAAAACAGCAAGUUUUUCAUGGUCAAUCUGCGCCACCUUUGGAAGACUUCCCAUCAGCUUGUGGUGACGGUCUACUUUUCCGUGCUGGGAUCAGAGCUGCAGUGCUUUACCCACGAAAGUCGCAUCAUCACCUUCUUGCCGACACGCAUGACUCUGUUUACGAGGCAAGGGACAUGCAAUUGUCAUCCGCCGAUGGACUCCGGGCAUACAGCACUGCCCUUGCCGUUUAUAAUUGGUCAGCUCAAAGAUGUCCAGCCAAAAAAAUCCAAGGCUUAGUUAAGUCAUGGAAAGGAAAUAUGCGGGGUGUUUCGCAGGCAUUUUCGUUGCGUUAUAACAAAGACUGGUUAUUCCCAGAUUUACCUGCGAUCUGGCUUUCAUUGUACGACAGCUGUCAAGAAGAUCCGCCUGACCACUCGAUUUACGACCUCUCUGACGGGUAUACACCCUCACAUCAUGCACUGAACCAGUUCAUUUCCCGGCGCGUAAAGCCUCGCCGGUCCAGCGUCGAUCAAACGGAGUACAUGGAACAGCGCGAACAAGAAAAAAAUGAAGUAAUUGAAAAAGCGACUGCUGUGUGGCCAUGUAUGGAGCCUCCUAGCGACUUUCCGGAGUGCUCAUGCCCAUUGUUCGCGAGUUGCUAUCGGAACAUGGAGUUGAAGGAUCACUUGAAUCGCGUGGUGUCAAUUCUUGACCAAAAUGCUACGUCUUUCCUUGCUGACCAACAACUGGCAUAUUCCUUUGUACCAGCAGGUCAGGGCCACCACCGAGUGAACCUGGACGUGACCCUGGAGGUCCUAUUCCAUCGCGUUGCACCUGCCAUUCCACUAAAUGAGGUGACGCCUCAGAACUUGGGGAAGAUGAGCCAGUUGAUUGGCGACCUUCACCGGAAUGCGAACUCGACGUUUCAUGCUAUCUAUGCAAAUGAGCUCCAACAGAGUGCAGACCACCUUAGUUGUGACCAGCCGACUCUGGAAGUGGAUACCCCCACACACCCGGUAGAGUCGUUCAGAAGCUAUUGCGAGCAAAGCAGGACAAGAUACCAGUCUGCCCUAAGCGAGCACACAGUCUAUAGGUCUGGUCGGUGGCCACGUAUCACAGCAAAGGUUCUCCUUGGCUGCCUUGCAUCAACAUCGCAAAUUACAUUGCCCCGUGAUUGGCGAGUUUGUUUAAUAGCAUUCGCAAAGCUCGCUCUGGAGUACCAGCGUGCCCGCCGAAUGCUAGCCUUGGCAAAGAAUGGCCAAACCGAGGAUUUACACAAAGAGAUGGAAAACACUGGUUGCGACGGUUGGGAGGCAGAGUCAUACGCUGACUGGCUAUUAAUCCAGCUUGACGGAGAUUUCCUCAUCCGCCGCGUCCAAGCAGAUGUUGCGCUAGAAAUGAUAGCACCCCAUUCCGGCCAGAACACCGUUCUGCAAUUGAACAUGGGUGAAGGAAAAUCCUCAGUAAUCGUACCGGCAGCCGCCUCGGUCCUCGCCGACGGAAACCAACUCAUGCGAGUGGUGGUCCCGAAAGCCCUCGCUUCCCAAAUGUUCUAUCUACUGGUAGAUCGACUUGGUGGACUUGUCAACCGACGAAUCUUUUAUUUGCCGUUUUCAAGGUCUUUGCAGAUCGACGAAUCCGGAGCUAGAGCAGUCCAGGAAAUCUUAGAACAAUGCAUGCGCGAACGUGGUAUCCUUGUCGUGCAACCCGAACACAUCCUGUCUUUCAAACUGCUGAGCGUUGAGAAGCAGCUAGAUGAUACUACGGGUAUUGCGGAACCACUAUUGCAGACUCAGCGGUGGCUCCAUUCAUACGCUCGGGAUAUCCUUGAUGAAAGUGAUGAAAUCCUGCAUGUGCGAAAUCAACUGAUCUAUGCUAUUGGUUCACAGAAACCUCUGGAGGGCUCUCCCACCCGGUGGUCGACCACCCAACAGAUACUCCAUUUGGUGAAGAAACAUGUCCCUGCGCUCCACGCGGAUUUCCCGUUUGGUGUGGAAUGCGAACCAUGUCACCAUCGCGGUGGGGCUUUUCCUCACAUUCGUAUUCUUCAUCGAGAGGCUGGCAACGAGCUAAUUUCCAGGAUUGCUCAAGAUGUCAUCGAUGGACAACUACUUAACUUCACUGGGGUGCGCGGUAUCGAGAGAACCAUAAUUCACCAUUUCAUCACCCGCAUGGACGUUGCCUGCUCUGAAGUCCAAGUAACACGGGACUACUGUGGAGGCACCGCCAUGUGGAUGACUUUGAUACAUCUACGCGGACUUCUAGCAUCUGGAAUCUUGCUAUUUGCCCUCAUGGAGCGACGAUGGCGUGUCGGCUACGGACUGGCACCUUCGCGGACCAUGCUUGCCGUCCCUUAUCGUGCGAAAGAUGUCCCAGCUCCGAGAGCAGAAUUUGGUCAUCCAGACAUUGCGAUAGUGCUCACUUGUCUCUCGUACUACUACAGUGGACUGGAUCGGGAGCAGCUGAUGUUAUGCUUCGAGCGCCUCCUGACGCUAGAUAACCCGGAACAGGAGUACGAGUCAUGGGUCCGCAAUUGCCUUGAAGUCCCCGAGAAUCUCUGUCAAAUCAGUGGCAUUAAUACUCAGUCGUUGGACCAGUGGAAUCAGUACCUUUUCCCUCUAUUCUCGCGCAAUCAAUCAACAGUAGACUUUUAUCUCUCACAAGUUGUCUUUCCGAAGGAGGCCAAGGAGUUCCCUUCGAAGCUGUCUAGCUGUGGGUGGGACCUUGCAGAGGAGCGGGAGCACGUUACCACUGGAUUUUCCGGGACAAAUGAUGCGCGUUAUUUGCUACCGACUUCCACCGUACAGCGGGACCUUCAUCACCAACGUGCUACCAAUGCAAAGGUUCUCUCCUACCUUAUGAGGCACGAGAAUGACGCAUACGUGCAAACGUCGUGGCCAGAUGGCCAGCGACGAACAGCUAGUGCAUUCCUUGCAUUUGUAGUGGAACAAACGCCAGAAAUUCGUGUGAUAUUGGACGUCGGUGCCCAGGUCCUGGAACUGAAAAACAACGAAUUCGCAGCACUCUGGUUGGAGCUGAAACCUGAUGCGCUUGCUGCCAUCUACUUCAAUGACGACGACGAGCUGACCGUGCUUUCACGCGAUGGAUCCACACAAUCAUUUUUAGAGUCACCAUAUGCAAGUCGCCUGGACGAGUGUAUUGUAUAUCUCGAUGAUGCACAUACGCGAGGCACUGACAUCAAGUUUCCGAUCGGGUUCCGUGCAGCAGUCACUUUAGGGCCCAAAGUUACCAAAGACCGCCUGACUCAAGGGUGUAUGCGCAUGCGUAAACUUGGACAUGGUCACUCUGUGGUAUUUUUCGCUCCUCUGGACGUAGACAGGAAUAUCCGCGACGCAGCUAGAAGAAGCGAUGGAGACACCAUACAUCCAUCGGACAUCUUGUUGUGGGCCAUGGGCGAAACCGCUCCCUACUGGGCUCAGCAGGGAAGAGACCACGCUUUCCGCGGCGAGAUAACUGCCCAAGAACUCGCCGUGACUUGGCGUCAACCAGAUGCGAAAACCCUGGAAGAAUUGUAUAUGCCGUCCGGUCCUGAGGUGCAAUCAGAACCGCCCAUUGCGGCAAUCGAUCGACAGUGCCAAGCGCUUGGCGUUGCCUCCUCGACCGUUUCUAACAUGAACGAGGAACAGGAACGAGAAAUUGUGCACGAAAUGGAACGCGAAACGCAAACAGAGCGACCACCGCCAGCGACCCCUGCAAGGCAUCAGGUCUCCGCAGAUGUCCGUCAUUUCGCCUUCCUUCCCAUGUUUAAUUCAUUCCGCGAUGCCACAACACCUGCUCAAGAAGAGAAUGUGUGUGUGGUGGAGGGACGCACACGGGUGAAUGUUGGUGAAUACCUCCGCCCAUCAAAUGGAAACCCCGCUCUUGUAAAAGAGUUGUUACCGGAAAUCAGAAACAGCGGAUCCGCAAGAAUGCGUCCAUGUGACGACCUGCGUCUGUACACAAUUCCUUCUGCUCGUCCUGACUGGGUUUUUUCCCCUUCACACGUCGACCAACUGUACCUGCGGGACUACGACACAUAUAUUCGCCUUUCUGGUAAAGAGAACUUGGAGGUCGAGAGCGAUGGAUUCAUAGCUCCUGAGCAUCGCCCCCUGGAGGCACAAUCGGCUGGCUCUUUCCGGAAGUCUCCACUUGCUUUCCUCAGGCAUAUCAUUAACCUGCGUCGGAGGGGGACGAACUUCGCGAUGACCCACAUGGGAAAAAUUCUGAAUGGACGGUUGUUGAAGCAGGAAGACUUCGAAGACCGCUAA